AUGAAGGUGGUUAAUGGGAAAGCCGGACAACGCGAAAUGAUGGAAAAUAAUAGCCACACUGAAAAUGGACAUGAACUGGGCACUAGGGCAACUAAUACCACCGACCAAGACAUGAUCGAAUAUGACCAGGAACAAAUGAUUGAUAUUAAGGCUACUAGGAGACGGCAAUUGUUUGUGGAACUCCGUCAGCACCGCCCUCAGGGGGGAUAA